UAUCACAACUAUGUCCCUUCAAAAAUAUAUCACAAAUAUUAUCUUCCUUUGAGUCAAACUAUCAACGGGCAGUAUCCGGUCACACCAAUUAGCAAACCUCCCAUUUCUGAUAAGAAAACUGACACUUGUCAAGUGGCACACCGAACAAAGCAAUUUAUAUUAUUGUGCUUAAUUGCUAAGCUAUCUCAGCUAUCUCCUCCCUAGUUUCACCAUUUAUCUACCUGCCCUAGAUUGUUCUCUCCCCAGAUGUAAAUAACCCACCAGUCCCUAUUUUACCAAACUACCCUUCCAUCAUCUCCCACCGUCGAAAUCAUAUCAAGGGCACAAUCGUCCUUCCGCAGACGAACAUUCCUCGCAGGGCGAUUUCGUAAUAUUGUAUCCAUCCGUUCCGUGGUACUAUAAAUACCACUGGUGUGAAACUUGACAAUCAAAUCAGACAUCCUCAAACGACCACUCUUUUCUUGUCGUUCAAAUGGCGUCGCGCGACGAAGUAGAGGUGAAGCUCUCUUCCGCCAAGGACCUGAAGAACGUGAACUGGCGCCAUGGCCCGGUGAGGCCAUACGCCGUCGUUUGGGUCGACCCGAAUAUCAAAUGUUCCACCCGGGUCGACGAGUCCGGCGACACUAACCCGAACUGGGACGAGACUCUGACCAUCCCUCUCCCAACGCCGAUAGACGACUCCACGACUCUCUACAUCGAUAUCGUCCACGCUGGAUCCGAACCCGACACAAAGAGGCUGAUCGGGUCUGCCCGGCUGAAGCUUCGGGAGGUCGUCGAUGACGUGGGAUACGGAGAGCGCGCCACGCGGACUUUGCAGAUGAAACGACCUUCUGGAAGGCCCCAGGGGAAGGUGGAGGUUAAGGUCUCCGUGAGGGAGCCGUACUAUCGUCCGCCGGAUCCGUACAGCGCGCCUCCUUACGGUGUCCCACCGCCGGCCUACGGUGGCGCCCCCUAUGCUUCGGUUUCGCCGCCUCCUCCGCGCGAUCCUUACUACGCCGCUUCGGCUCCGCCUCCUCCUUCGCGCGAUCCUUACUACGCCGCCGCGGCUCCGCCAUCGGGAUAUCCGUAUAAUCCGUACAGUGCGCCGCCACAGCCGUAUGGACAGCCGGGGUAUGGACAGGGAGGGUACGGAGAGCCGGUGUACGGCCGUGCGGAGGAGAAGAAGAGUAAGUUCGGAGGAAUGGGGACGGGAUUGGCUGUUGGUGCCGUAGCGGGGGCGUUGGGUGGACUCGCGCUUGUGGAGGGUGUUGAUUUCGUAGAGGACAAGAUCGCUGAUGACGUGGCGGAGAGAGUGGAGGAUGAUAUUGGUUACGACGGUGACGACUUCUAGGGAUUGUGCUGUGGGGCCCCCUGUCCCUUUACUAGUUGUUUUGUUGUAUCGAUGGCCCAUCAGAUCAUGUUAUGGUUUUUGAUUGGUCGGAUGAUGAUAGAGUAAUCUGGAUGCUUCUUUUGAUUAGCCAGUUAUGUCCAUCUAAUUAUGCCAAAGCAACAACUAUUAAAAAAAUAAUAAAGGGCAAAAGAAGAGUGCGUAAGUUGUGAUCCA